GGAAACGGCGCGUUCUGAUGAUGUCAUCACUCGGCUCCCUGUGAGUGCAGUUGGAAGCCAUGCUGCCUUGCUGGACUGGUAUUCAGGUAACAGGCACGGGUAAUGUCCUGCAUGGGCUUUAACCCCAUAAUCACCGGGUUAGUCCUUGGGCAUUAACUGGGUCAUACAGUCCAUGGCAUGAAUACUGACAUUCUGGGCUCACAUUCCCUGAGAACUACUAAUCUCAUCACUAUAAUCCAUGUUAGGGGUGAUCAGAGUCUGUAUUAUUAGAACUAAUACUGUAACAUGUUACCUUAACGCUUUCAUUUUUGCUAUUUGGGAUCACAUAAGCUUUAACACGUUUUUUGUAGGGAAACAUUGGUCAGAAGAUCUUAUAGGUGAAUACAUGGCAGCCAGGGGCCAUUGCAGUCUGUAUGUCAUGGCACAAUAAAGUAUUUUGUGUGGAGUAUGUUUGUGGUUUAAUAAUAGUGUGAUAAUAUCAUAACAUUCUGUUGACUGAUUUGCGUUAAUCAUAUUGUUCCUGUAUCAACGGUUCUGGCUUGACUUUUUUUUUUAUAUACAGAUAAUAGUUGAGGAAACUUUGUAAGAUGGGCACGGAAAAAAACAAGAUGAAUGGGAAGAAACGAAAAAACCAGCAGACAGAAAAGGCAAACACAGAAGAUCCACCCACAAAGCAAUCGAAACAACACAAGACCGCUCAAGGCAAACCAACAAAGUCAUCCAAAAACGAGGACAAAAAGGGUUCUGCUGACUCUGCCAUUCCUAGACUAGACCCCAAAUCUGUGGGGUACUUCCGAAGGGUGGGAGAUACUCUGCAGCAAGACUUUGAGUCAGAUGAAGACCGAGGUAAGGGAUUCUGACCGGAAUCUUGAUAUAAACACUUUUUGAGUGUCAGUGUGGAUCUCCUUGCAAUAUCAGAGAAUAGGGCAAGACCGAAAGAAUCAUAAUAUGACAAAUUAUAAGGAACUCAAAUUGCUGAGCAAGUAUUGCGGCAGGCACAAUUAAAACGAGCAUUCUACUGCCCAAAUAGAAAACAAAACACGCAUUAAAGGACCACUCUAGGCACCCAGACCACUUCAGCUUAAUGAAGUGGUCUGGGUGCCAGGUCCAGCUAGGGUUAACCCAUUCUUUCAUAAACAUAGCAGUUUCAGAGAAACUGCUAUGUUUAUGAAUGGGUUAAGCCUUCCCCCUAUUUCCUCUAGUGGCUGUCUCAUUGACAGCCACUAGAGGCGCUUGCGUGCUUCUCACUGUGAUUUUCACAGUGAGAGCACGCAAGCGUCCAUAGGAAAGCAUUGUAAAUGCUUUCCUAUGCGACGGGCUGAAUGCGCGCGCAGCUCUUGCCGUGCGUGCGCAUUCAGCCGACGGGGCGGAACGGAGGAGGAGAGGGGGCAGAGAGCUCCCCGCCUAGCGCUGGAAAAAGGUAAGUUUAAACCCCUUUCCCCCUUCCAGAGCCGGGCGGGAGGGGGUCCCUGAGGGUGGGGGCACCCUCAGGGCACUAUAGUGCCAGGAAAACAAAUAUGUUUUCCUGGCACUAUAGUGGUCCUUUAAUAGAUAUAUCCCCAAGGAAAACAUGCAUGCUUUUAAUUUUGUCAUUUUUUCAUUGAGGGUAUAUCUGAAGGUCAGCCAUUUUCAUGCUCUGCACAUUAGCACAAUGAUCUAAUGUCUAUCCCCAAGGGGAUUUUUUUUCCCCCUGUUUAUUAUUUUCUAAGCAGUUCAAUCACCAACAUCUCCUGAUAGAGCAAAACAUUUAAACUCUGUUUACUUUUAUUUUUUAUUUUUGGUAAUUUGAUUAUUUCACUAAAGGAAUUAAGAUAAUCACAGUAAUCGUACAGUGAAGAGACAUAACAUGUUCAUAAGACUGUCGUGUCUAUUAUCUGGUUAUUCUGUUAGGUUAGCAUCAUUGUGUUUGCUGCUGGAGCCUUGAUGUGAUGAGUAAAAUUAUGGUACAAUACAGACGGUUUCUAAAUUAAAAAUAGCUCCAACUUUAGUGUUGUCUUCAAAGAGUUCUAGAAGGUGUUAGGGUCGAGUCCCCUUUUUACAUUGCUUGGGUAAUUCCAUCUUACCAUCACCACCUUUUCACCAGACUGUAUUUUCCACUUCACAGGUCUAUUUGUCAGGAAUGUGUUUAACGAGGUGCAGGGAAACGAGCUGGCUCUGUCCACAGACAUGUCUGCAAGUAUUGUGCUUCAGAAGUUGCUUUCCGUCGCCACGUCUGCCCAGCUGUGUCAGGUGCUGAGCGCAUUGAGUGCGAACUGGCAGGCUGUGUGCUGGCACCGAAGCGGGGCGCAUGUCAUCCAGACUGCUCUCCUGCAGUAUCCGCGACUUCAGAACCAGCCGGAAGAAGACGAGUCUGACGAGGACCUUGAUGUCCAGCCUUGUAGCAGUUUGGAGGAGCUGAUUUUCAGUCUUUGUUCAGAGGUGAAGGAAAAGUUUCUGCAGUAUAAUCAGAGUGUCCACGGGAGCUUUAUUGUGCGGACCCUUUUCCAGGUGCUCAGUGGGGUUAUCCUGAACUCUGAGACGGAGAGAAGGAAAGGCGCCCAGGGAUUAACAGGUAAUCGCAAACAUAGCACAGUAUCUUACAGAAAGGGGGAUAAUCCCACAUGUCCUAGUGCAGAUAUUUUAAUGGUACAAUCUAAGCACCAUCACUAUAGCUUAAAUAGACUCUGUAGUCCCCAAAAUAACUUUUGCUUAGUAUAACAGUUUGGUGUAUAGAUCGUUUACCCCUGCAGUCUUACUGCUUAAUUCUCUGCCAUUUAGGUGUUUAUGCAGGUCUAGGCACACCUCCCUGCUUGUGACUUACACAGCCUUCUAAAUACUCCCUGUAAAGAUUCCUUUAAUGUUUACACUUAUUUUAUUGGAGAUUUGCUUAAAUUACAUUUUCUUAUCUACUGCUUUAUUAAUAGUAUGCUAGAUCUUGCAGGCGCCUCCUGUGUGUGAUUAAAGUUCAAUUUACAGAGAAUGAGAUAAAAACUUAUAUAUUAAGUCACAUCUGAUUAAAAAUGAAACCAUUUUGUUUUCAUGCAGGCUGUGUCAGUCACAGACAGGGGAGGUGUGGCUGGGGCUGUAUAAACAGAAAUACAAGUGAUUUGACUUAAAUGGCAGAGAAUUGAGCAAUGGAACUUCAGAGGCAUGAGCCAUACACCAAAACUGCCACAUUAAGCUAAAGUUGUUUAGUGACUAUAGUGUCCCUUUAAUGCACAGCUUACUGCAGUGGUUGUGAAAUCAUUUUUUGUUAAUGUUAAACCAUUUCUAUUCUGCCACCAAAACCUGGGCCAAGUUUGGUUAGCAAUGAUCUGUAGCCUGGAGGCAACUUCACACAGUGUUUGUCAUACAAACUUUGAUAUGUACAUGUAUUGUUGGUUGCAGCAGUAGGAGCUAUACUAUACUACUACCUCAUUUCCGUGUCCUUCACUGGAUUUAUACCAGUCUGUCUUUUUUUUUUUGCCAGUAAAAUCUGAGUUUGAAGUGCCAGAGACUUUCCUGCAGCAGUUACAGGACCUGUGUAGCUGUUUCUCGGAUCUAAUUGGAGGUACGUUCUCUGCUGGGGGGGUUUCUCUGUUUCUAAUUUGGUAAUCACAGUGUAGUUGCUAAUUCCUUUUCCUUGUAACGACAGUAUUUGCCACGCAUAAAAUCGCCAGCCUCGGGAUGCAGGUUGCCCUCCAGAUUCUGCAACGGAAAGUUCCUUCGGCAUGUGCUGAACUGUGCGACCAAGUGAUUGAUUAUCUGUCCUCUCGCAACGUGUCAGCAGAGAGCAGGUGAGCUAGCUAAGAUGCUUUGCUUCAGUUUCCUUAGGGUCUUCGAUUAGCUCUCCUGCGUAAGCUCAUUGGUUGUGAACAUCAGCCAGCGAGCUAAGCAUGGCAACAGGAAGGGGAGGUGGAUGUGGCUAUGGUGCUUGGAGUAUUCAAGUGUAUGUAUCACUAAAUAGAAUGGAAAUUGGGAGCAGGGGAUGUGGGGUAAUAUUUCUAAUACUUUCUCUGUGUAUUUUUAAUGUGUUUUUUUAUAUAAUGAAUUAUAAAAAGAAUGGGUCAAAUCCAGCUCCGUGUCACUUUAAAUUUAGAAACAUUCAGAGUACCUUUGGCUGUUUAUUAGGUCAGCCAUGUAAUCCAUUUUAUCACUAUUAGGGAACCAUAGGUUGUCUAUUGGAUUCAAGCGGUUUUAACUCCUCUCGGGUUGCCUCCUGCAGCUCUCUCUUGGUGUUCUUGAAAGAUGAGACAAGUAGCCGGCUCCUGGAGAAGAUUCUGGAAGUUUCUGAGAAGAAGCAGCUACGACGACUGUUCCGAAAACACUUCCAAGGACAGCUCGAAGCCCUCUCCUGCCACCCCAUUGCCAACUACACUGUGCAAAGGCUGAUCUCCUCUACCCAGACCAAAAAAAUGGUGAGUCCGUCUACCUACCUAUCUUCUUCAAGUCCAGCAGAGGAGGAAAUCAAGGACGGAUCUUCUCAUAGUACUGAUUGUCAAUUUGGUCCAAUUUUUUGUAGUAAUAUAGGUUGAAGAGCUUGCAUCUUUUAAGCGAGUUUUACACACCCUGGAAUCUAUUGAUCCGCAAAGAAAAUAAAUUGAACUCCGGGGGAAAUAAGGGCUCAUUCACAGCUAAAUGUUAUUAACAGAUUGAUCACAUAAAGAGAAAUCCAAUUGCUAAUCAUAUUCUUCUUAAUUUGGCAAAAUACAUAAUCUAGACCUUAUUAAACUAUCCCCACAAUAUGGUAAAGCCACCCGCCGCAGGCUCAGAAUUUAACUGUUUCCAGCCAAGUAGGUGAAAGAUUCAUUUAAAAUCAAGUCUCUGUUGAUGACAAUUUUCUUCAUAAAGUUCUGUCAAUGAACAGGUCAGCAGAGAGCUUUAUUGACUCUGUGUGUAUCUCUGUAUAAUGUUAAAACAUCCCCUCAUUUCUUUAAUGUAAACAUAAGCAAUUUUUCGAGCUUUCCGUCUAAGCAGCGGGGAAUCACCUUUGUUAGGAGAAUGAUUAACAGAAAGUCCAGCCCCUUCUUAAAGGAACCCUAUAGAGUUAGCAAUGCAAAUCUGUAUUCUGAAGCUUUACUUUUUUUUUUUUCUUGUUGUCCAAAAGAAAAGUUUGAUAUACCUUGUUCCGGGGCUGAGGCUGUCUUAGUGCUGCCACUAGAGGCAGUCUUAACAAUGCAAUGUAAACACUGAUGUUUAUAAAAACAAAAUGCAGGGUUAAAUGGAAACUAGUGCCAGGAAAACAAACUAGUUUUUCUGGCACUAUAGCUCCCUAUAGUGCCCACGUCCCUUAAAAACCCCUUCUGUGACUUAUCUUAGUCCAGCACCCUCGGCGCAAGCUCGGAUCUGCCUCCGAUCCUCCUCGCUGAACUCAGCAGGUGGGGGAGAACAAAUGCACAUGUGUGGCUUUCCUUUGGGGAUAUUGGUGACAUGGCAUAUCCUCAAGGAUAGUGUGAGGACGUCCAGCGUCAGGCGACCUGCCCGGAAGUCCCUCUAGUAGCUGUCUGGUGUACAGUCACUAGAGGUGGAGUAACCCUACAAAGCUAAUUAUUGCAGUUUAUUAAAAGGGUUAAGAGACCUGGGACACUGCACACAGACCACUUCAAUGAGAUAAAGUGAUCUGGGUGACUAUAAUGUUCCUUUUAAACUGGGGUUCUUCACGCGACCUCCCCUGCUGCCAAGUGGAGCUUUCAGACUGCUUUGCUGAACUGGAAUUAAUGUGUGUUGAAUGAUUUUCUGUAAAUUGUACCAGGUGCAGUAUGUUUGACCAUACGCUGUUCUCUCUCUGUAGUUUUCCUCCAUUAUUGAAGAGUUGGGUGGAGGUCUUGAGAACAUUUUAGCCAAAGGUCACAUGGGGAUCAUUACAAAUCUAGCUGAUGCCUGCAAGAGGUUGAAACGAUGCCAGACGGAGCUUGUAUCCCAGCUUAUGGAGGUGUGUGAUAUAAAGGGCUGUAGCAUGUUCUAGGGAUCGACCGAUAUUGAUUUUUUUUUUUAGAGCUGAUACCGAUAAUCUGUGAACUUUCAGGCUGAUAGUUGAUAUUCUGUACAUUUACCAUUUUGAAAAAAAUAAACUAUUUCUAAAGGUAAAUGCACAAAAUAUACAUGCCACGUAGUGGAUGCAGUGUGUUUAAACAGGGGAGCUGUGUGUGUUUGUGUAGUGUGUGUGUAUAUAAUGAAUGCAGUGAGUGUUUGUGUAGUGUGUGUGUAUAUAGUGAAUGCAGUGUGUGUGUGUUUGUGUAGUGAAUGUGGUGUGUGUAAAGUGAAUGCAGUGUGUUUGUGUAGUGUGUGUGUGUAUAUAAUGCAGAGUGUGUUUGUGUGUUUCUGAAGGGAUGUAAUUUGUGUAAAAUGCGGGGGGGGGGGCAUUUUUAUUUAAAUUUUAUUUUUAAUAAUUCUAUUUUAUUUUUUUAUCCCCCCUCCCUGCUUUUUAUCUGGCCAGGGAGGGGGGCUAUGGCAUUCCCUGGUGGUCCAGUGGCAUGUACUGAGCAGUGGGGGGGGGCCUGCAGCAAGCUGUUACUUACCUUCCCUUCAGCUCCCUGUGUAAAUCUCGCGGUUUGCGUGAAGCGACCCGUGGCAAUGCUCUGAUGGUCGUGACUCGCAAGAUUUACACGGGGAGCUGCUGGGGAGAUAAGUAACAGCUUGCUGCGGGCCCCCCAGGACCGCCGGGCUUGUAAUGGGCCCAGCGGUCCUGAUAUGUAUUAUUGGCAAUAUCAGUAUCUGUAUAGGCUGAUACCUAAUAUCGGCAAAAACCUAUAAUCGGUCGAUCCCUAGCGUAUUCUACAUCUUACAUGCGUCAUAUCUUACUUGCACUAUAAAACAUUGCAGGCAUUCCACUGUGCAGUGCCAACAUCCCGCCAGGUGACGUGCGUGCCUCUUCUCCUCUCACUACUCACCUAUGAGGUUUAUUUUAACAAAGAAGAAGAAGAGGAGAAGGAAGAGAAGGAAAAAUCGGCUUCAGAACAUCCGGUGAGCGAACUUCCUUUCUGUUUGCGCUCCCAUACUGCCUGUUUGUUUUUGUGUGUUUUUUUUACAAUGAAUAUGCUUCAUUUCUAUUUCAGGUUAACACAGAGCGCAAGCUGGAGACGGUGAACUAUCAUGGCUCCCUGCUUGUGCAACAUCUCCUCCAUUUUGAAGACCCAAUGCCAGCGCUAAACAGCUUGGGGAACAUGACAGAGGUCGACCUCUUGACCGUCGCUUGCAACCAGGCCGGCAGCCAUAUUUUUGAUGCCCUGCUCAACAGCGUCACCAUAACAGAUAAACAGAGGAAAAAGGUUCUGCGGAAACUGAGGGUGAGAGACAUGUUGCUGAUGUGAUAUUGUGUCUUACAUGCAGCCAAUAAAUGACUAUUUACAUGUUACAGGAAUCGGUUACACAUUAUUGCAUUUCAUAUCAGAUGUUAAUAGACACAUAUUCAGUGCUUUCCUAUAAUUUACAUCUAAUACACCUCUCUUCAUCCCCAUACCAUCAGUAAUGUAACACUAAUCACUAAAACUACAAACACUGUGUCUGACCUUUUUAAUUCAUGACUUUGUUCUUUUGCAUCUUGUUUCUUGUUUUUAGUUCAUAAUCUUUCUCAACAUGUAUGCCAGGUGCAGGACAGAUAAAAGCCUGUACAAUAAUCAGCCGCAACAUUAAAACCACUGACCGGGGAAGUGAAUAACAUUGAUUAUAUUGUUACAAUGGCACCUGCUAAGGGUUGGGGUAAUUUAGGCAGCAAACGUUGAUAUGUUGGAAGCAGGAAAAAUGGGCUUUGACGUGGGCUAAAUAUGAUGGCUAGACGACUGGGUGAGAGCAUCUCCAAAACUGCAAAUCUUGUUGGGUGUUCCCGGUAUGCAGUGGUUAGUACCUACCGAACGUGGUGCAAGGAAGGAUAACUGAUGAACCUGGCGUCAGGGUUAUGGGUGCCCGAGGCUCAUUGAUGCACAUUGGGAACAAAGGAUAACUAGUCUGGUCCGAUCACACAGUAGAGCUACUGUAUCUCAAAUUGCUGUAAAACGUAAUGCUGGCCAUGAUAGAAAGACGUCAGAACACACAGUGCAUCACAGUUUUCUGCGUACGGGGCUGCGUCGCUGCAGACCAGUCAGAGUGCCUAUGAUGAACUCUGUCCACUGCCGAAAGCUCCUUCAAUGGGGACGUGAGCGUCAGAACUGGAUCAUGGAGCAAUGGAAGAAGGUUGCCUGGUCUGAUUAAUCACUUUUCCCUUUAAAUCUAUGGGAAAAAGGCAGGCAGGCUGAGCCUGUAUUAUGCUUUGGGCAAUGUUUUGCUGCAAACCCUUGGGUCCUGGCAUUCAUGUGGAUGUUACUUUAGCCACCUAUCUAGAGAUUGUUGCAGACAAGGUACACCCCUUCAUUACAAUCAUGUUCUCUGAUGGAAGUGACCUCUUUUAACAGCAUCCAGCCACACUACAGAAAUUAUUCAGGAAUGCUUUAAUGAAAAGGAAAAAAAAGAGUUCAAUGAGUUACCUUGGGAUCUAAAUUCCCCAGAUUUGAAUUGGACUUGGUUGGAUGUGCUAGAACAAUAAUUCAAAUCCAUGGACACCCCACCUUGCAGCUUGCAAGCCUUAAAGGAUCUGCUGUUAAUGUCUUGGUGACAGAUACUGCAGGGCUCAUUCAGAGGUCUUGUGUUUUGGCAGCACGAGGGGUACCUACAUGAUAUUGGGCAGGGGGUUUUAAUGUUGUUGAUCAGUGUAUAUCAAUCUCAAGAAUGAGUUGAAAACUGUUUAAUAUUCCAUUUACUUAUCCAUAUAAAUAUUUGGUUUGCGAAUGUGUUAUGAAAGAAAAGUAACUCUAUUUAAUUCUAGACAUCACUCUUGGAACGAAGAGUCUCCUUUUUGGCUCUCAUCAAUAAUUGUUAUAAGUUAUUCCCUUUUCUGUCACUGUACUUAGUAUUGUGGAGGUGGAGUGUAUAUCCUUCUCCAGUGCAGUCUGUGUGUAACGUUCACUAGGGAAACCUAACACGCAUACAGGACAGAGAAGAGAGAAUUGCAAUACCGAUCCUUAGAAUGGUCGGGUUAUGAAAAAAGGAUAGUCCAAACACGAGCCGAGGUCAAGGGAAACAGAGAGACGGAAUAACGAGAGUCAAAGCCAAAUAUCAGUAACCAGGAAAUCCAAAUAACAAGUGCAACUCUCAAUGGUAAACCAAAGACCACAACAGGCACUGAGGCAAGGGAGAGGUUAGCUUAUAUACACACAGGGUGUGUCUGAUUGGCUAAUCUCCAAUUAGUGUUAACUUCAACACGUGGGAGGGGUCUCUCAGGUCAUCAUUGUGUGCCGGGUGCAGCACACAUAUAAGGAAGCUGCUCUGGAGCGUGCAGCAUCCGACACACUGCCAGUCUGGAGACAGGGACCAGAUGACGCCGCUCGCAAGGUCGCCACGAGCGACACGGGGGCAGGGGACCUGACACUGUGCCCUAGUCGUGCCAGGACUAACUAGAUUGUGAUAUUGUUGGCUAAAUCUUUUAUACACAAAGGUAAAAUGCAUCCCAGGAAUAAAAAGUUAAUGCAAGUUAUAGAAGAUUUUCAAUGUUUUAUUGAGUAGUUUUAAUUUCGUGAAAAGUGAUGGUUCCUCUUGAUACGUGGUAACUCUGAUCUAUUACACAGGUUCACAGCAUGCAGCUUGCGUGUAACAAGCAUGGAAGUAGAGUACUUGAUCGAAUUUGGGCUGCAUCUACAAUGGGCGUGAAAGAGGAGAUUGCUCAGCAACUAGGUAUAUAUAAUUCUGCACCUCUACUAAAUAUUCAGGUGUUAGAAAACAUGUCUAUUUUCCUCUGUUGUAAAUUUAGGCCAUAUUCAUGGCCUGUGUUGAUUAAUUAUUAUUUUGCAUUCACCCUGUAGUUGAAAGACUAAAUGAGCUUCAGAACGAUGCGAUUGGCCACCACAUUGCCCGUAAUUUUGCUUUGACACAUUUUGUGAAGCGCCGAAAAGACUGGGAAGAGCAUCAGCAGGCAGAGAAGAAGAGGCGGAAGAUGUUUGCAGAAAUUUUGGAGGACUGAGGUGGAAUUAGUGGUGGUAUCUGUACAGUUUUGCACUGUAGUGUUGUCUCCAACGCAUUUCAAGGACAGUGCAUUUGUAAUUGGUCAGUGACGAUGAUCUCAGAGAGAGCCCAGGUAUUAUUUAAUUUCUAACUAUCCUACAUGGCUUGUUCGGCUCCGAUGUCCUGUCAGUAGCGAGGUGGGCUGUGCGUUCUGUAAAUCUCAAUCUUCCACCAUGACCACACAGCAGCCUUGAGUAUAUUAUCCAAGUGCAGAUGAAGGAUGAGUGUAAACAAAACAAAAAAAAAAUCACAGUUUGUAUAACAUCAUCUUUUUCCACGAGGCUUCCAAACAUUUUAUUAACAGUCCAUUAUCUAAUUGAUUUUCCAUUUAAUGUCCUUAUCUCCUGUCCCAAACAGUCCAUUUGUGAGUUUAUUUCAGGGGUUUUCGGUAACAUUGCCUGUCGCAGGUACUCUCAGUCAACGUUCUGUUGGGCAGGUGUUUGGUUACAAUUCCCAUUACUUUCUUCCAACUGGAGAUUGUCAUACUCUAAACACGUUGGGUUACAAUGGAUAUUACGGUUUCGCUUGGGCAUCACUAAAUGAAAACUAAAAUUGUUACAUGUUAAUUCCCAUUAAUAUUGGCCACCAGUGGUCCUACAGUUGUCCGACUCGGAGAAUGUCACACUUGCUGCUCUUCUUUUACUUUAACCAGUUCCUUCUACAGCUAUUGGGGCGGAUGAAGGGGAGAGGGGCUACAUGUUUCUACUUCUUGGCAUAGGAUAUUUUUCCGGUUUUGUAAAUAUGACUUUAUAUAUAUAUCGGAAUUUAAUGUUUUCCCUCAAUAAAACAUAUUUCUAAUUCCCACUUGUGGUUUGUGCUGUUUCUUAAUAGCGUGCAAUAUGUGACUGCAUCUGUUUUUAUAAUUUUAAAAAGUUACUUUGACUGUCUUUCAUAUAGUCAU